AUGUCAGAAGAUACUGAGGGAAUUGAAAAACAAAUAGAAGUUGAAUUAAGCAGAAUCAGUGUUUCUUCCUUUGAAGCAGAUGAUCCUGACACAGAGGUAUCAGAUGGAGCUUUGAGUGACAGUGAGAUGAUUUCAGAUGACUUGCCAGAAUCAGUUAUCUCCUAUUUAAACUUUAUAAAGAGCAGAAAUCAAGAUGCUGAAAAGUUUAUACUGCAAGACUUAAAAGAUGAAGAAACUACAAGUAACAUUUAUGGAGUAGUUUCUUGCCAUGCUUCAGAUUACUUGGCAGAAUUGGCUCCUGAAUAUAAUGAAGAUCCAGAACAAGUUAAAAAAAAGGUACUAUUUGAAAUUGAAAAUGAAGACUUACAGAUUGUUACAACAACUAGUUGUAAUAGUCAGUCCACCAGUGAUGAAGUGGUAUCUGAUGACCAUUUUGUUACAGCUGAUGUUGAAAUGAGCAUAAGCCUUACUCAUCGUGAAGUAGAAGAAAAGUGUAAACAAGAACUUAAGCAGUGGGAGAAAAGACAAAAGGAGCUUGAAGAUGAGAAGAGGAAAAAGUGGAAAGCUGAGAGGGAAGCACAGGAAAAACAAAAUGAAGAGGAACAGAAAAGAAGGGUGCAGCAUCUGGAGGAAUUUGAGGCUGAAAAACUAAAGUUAGAGCUUCUUCUUAAGAAACACCGAAUUGCAAUAGAAGAUGAGUUACAGAAAGAAAAGAAAGCUUGGAGAGACAAAAUGAUGCAACAUGAGGAAUUUAUCAUGAAGCUACAUUUGCAAAUGGAAGAUGAGAAAAAUGCCUCGGAAAAGCAGAAAGCAAAAGAAAUACAACACAUGACAGAGCAACAGAAUACAGCAGCUGUGAAAAUCCAAGCUAGAUUUAGGUCAUUUUUAGUCCAUAAAAAGUAUGUUCCCAUCUUAAAAGAUGCAAUGAAAAAGAAGCAGAAAAUACUAGAAGAAAUAGAGAGAGAAAUGAAAGAAAAAGAGUUAAAAAUGAAUAUGCGAGUGGAAGAAAAUAGGCAAAAGAAAGAAGAAGAAGAAAAGAGACAAGAGCUUCUUGAAAGACAGGAAUAUUUGGAACAGGUGAGGAGACAUGAGGAUUAUAAGAAAAAGAAAGAAAGCCUGAGACCUGAAAGAGAAAAACAGUUGCAAAUAAGAAGAGAAGAACAGAGAAAACUAGGAGAAAAAAAAGCAAAAGCUGUGAUGAGUGAAAGCACAGAAAAGAAGAAAGAAAACAUAAACAACUGUAAGCAGAUAGAAAAAACAGAAGUGAUAAGAGAACAGGAGGAGGAACUAAAUAAGCAAGUAGAGUACCAAGAAGAAAAACAAACUGAAAGGAUGGAUGAAAAAGCAUAUUGGAUUAUUCCAGCAAAAAGAUCUCUGACACCAACGUCAAAUAUGCUAGGAUCUGAGAAGGAACACUUUUCUCAAGUAAAUAAUGAGAACAUAUACAAAAAUUCAGUAACACAUGUAGAAGAAAAUUACUCACAAACUAGAGAUUUUAAUAAAGCUUCAAGUAUUCAUACUUCAAACAAUGAAUCUGUUAAUUUUGGAGCUAAUGACAUGGUAGAAAAUAAGGCAAGCAAUAUAUACAGCAGUCCACCAAUUGUCCAACCAAAUGGUGGUAAUAGAGAAGUUAAAGAUAAUUUUUCUCAAUCUGAAACAAGGAAGAAAACUCUGUUUUUAAUGGAAGAUGCUAAUGAAGUCAGAGAGACUUCAGACAAAAUUCAAGAUUUAGCUGAGUGUUCCAGUAGACUAAUUCUUCCUGAUGAUAUUGAAAAGAAGAGAAUAAACUGGAUGAACACAUGUAAAUCUUGGUCUAAAAUACAUGAAGAAAAUCAAAGAAAGCAAGCAGCUGUAAAAAAACGACCAAGGAAGAGUUCACUUAGCAAGAUGCCUAAGAUGCCUCCAUUAAGUACAGAAAAGAUAAUUCAUAGCAGCCAUUGGAGUACUCUGCAGCAGGUGACAUCACUUACACUUGAAGAUUUGCCAGCUUGUAGUCUCUCAACGUUAUCUGAGUGUUUGAAUCUUCAAUUUUUGACUCUGAGGCGCUGUGGACUAGUUGCACUGGAAGGACUAAGUAGCUGCAAAGACCUGAAGUAUAUCAAUGUGGAGGAAAACAACAUUCAGAUAAUUGACUGUGAAAAUCUAGAAAAUCUUUUUAUUCUGAUUCUGAGCAAGAACCGUCUUUCAUCAGUCUGUGGUUUAGAUGGCUGCAUAAAUCUUCAAAAUCUUGAACUUUCCUACAACAGAAUCACUCGGAUUGGUGGUCUGGAGUCAUUGAAAAGUCUUCAGCAAUUAAUUGUGGACCAUAAUCAGUUGAUCAGCACAAAAGGUCUUUGUGAGGCACCUACUCUCGUUCACCUAGACUGCUCUUUCAAUCAUCUCACACAAGUUGAAGGCAUUGAGAAUUGUGGCCUGCUUCAAAUUCUGAAGUUGCAAGGCAAUAACCUUCAGGAGUUUCCAAGACUGGAAAAUCAUGUUCUCCUUAGAGAACUAUAUUUGGAUGACAAUAGCAUUUCUGCUAUAAGAAUGCUUUCUUUAUGUUGGUUGCCUCUAUUGCAGAUUCUUUUGCUGUCUCAAAAUAGAUUAACUGAGCUUGUGCCUUUGAAUUCGUUUGUAUCUUUGGAAAAGCUGGAUAUCAAAAAUAACUGCUUGUCAGACCUUGAAGGUGUCAUUUCAUGGUUAAGUGGCUGUCAUAAACUAAAGGAGUUGUCACUCAGUGGAAAUCCUCUUCUCCAAGAAAGAAAUUGGAG